AUGCCUCGCAUGCUCUCUCGCGGCGCUGAAAAGGCUUGCGAUCGUAAAGCGCUUGGAGGGUGCGCCGCAUUAGUAGAAUGGAGCAACUAUGGGGGCCCUUCAACUUCCCCGAGAGACCCACCGCUUCCUCGAAUGGGCUGCCCGAAGGCUUCACGGAACCAGGUUUUCCCGUACUUUGGUCAUCCGGUGCUGGUUUUUAGGACGGAUGAGGCCGCAGGCGUACUUCACUUCUUGCCCAUUGUUUCUCUGCGCGGAGACACCCUCCAGAUGCAGCGCCAGAUCGCUCCAAAGCUCAUCUGGCCCUGCUUCAUCCUGAUUGAUGAAUGCUGGGACGAAGAAGAUCGGGAAGCCGUGCAAGGCGACAAUGAUUACGCCGCGUUCCCAAUUGCCCAUCUGGAUCGUCUUUCGUUUCGUACGAAGGUCAAGCACUGGGUAGUUCUUGACAAGGUCUGGCGGGUCGAGAAGCGGUAUCUCACUGUCUACCCCUUGCCCAGUCCAUCGCAGCAGGCUUGGUCAUUGCCGAACCCUCGCUGUUUUCUGCGACGGGAGUCCCUGGAUGCCAUCCGGUCAUACAUACUCUACUACGAGAGCCACCGGCCGUGUAUUGAACCCAUCAGCCCUCAGUCCUUCACUUUUCCUCGGAUCCGCCCCCAAGUUGGUAACAUCUACCGCCUCCCCUUGGCAACCAACAACAUAUACCUCAAUCAAGCGCAAAGCUACAGCUUUUAUGAACGACCACUUGGUAAACCUUUCUUGGUCACAGCAGUUAACGUCCGUAUCGGCGGCAAGGCGACAGAUGGCAGUGUCCGUGCGGUAAAGGGGUUUAUGAUAACCAACUUCCACACCCAGCCCAUUCGCAUGCAUCUAGGUAUUGAUGACGCGCGGACUAGGUGGAUCCGGUAUCAAUAUCUACCCAUCGAAGGGCCCGGUGUCGAACGACAUGACGAUCUGCCUGCGAUUCCGUUGGCUCCUGGUUCCCCACGCUUUGCCCAUACCUGGUACGUGCAUGUCCUCAAGCAGUACCGCGUGGAAGAGGGCGAAAUCCUCAGCUGGGUGGCGGAUGGAGCGGAGGAGGUCCGAGUGGCUCCAGAGACGGUGCGUGGCUUGGUCGCCUGGCACCAAGCUCUCAAGAGCGGAAGAGCCCGGGAAGAUUACGACGAGCGCCGAUGGAUCGUACAGGCUUCUGGUAUGGUAGGACAGCCUCUGCUCGUUGGUCCUCCGGCAGAUGGAAGUUUCCAGGGCACAACCGAAGGUGGGUCGGACGACUCGGAGAGUCCACCGUUGACUUCCGGCUUCGAUUUGUGA